UGAAGGUUGCAGCUUUUAUUGCUCUCAUCUCAGGUAUUUCCAGCAGUCAGACUUCAGACUGCUCCUAUUUGGGUCUUCUGAAACAUUUGAACCUGACGCCGACGAAUGAUGUUCUACAGAUCAUGCGGCCCGUGAAGAACUGGAUGACAUCCACCCUCGUACAGGUGGACAUGUUGCUGUACGGUAUUUUACAAGUGGAUGAGAUGUUUCAGACUGUCACGAGUCACAUCUGGGUUCAGAUGAGUUGGAUGAAUGAAUUCCUGACUUGGAAUUCUUCAGACUUUUGUGGGAUAGAGAAGUUUACCGUUCCGAUGUCGAGCCUGUGGACCCCAGAUGUAUCCAUCCAAGAGGAUGCCUCUGAUACUGGGAGUAUUCACAAAAGUCCACUUGGCCAAGUGUCCAGCGGUUUGGUGUACACGAGCAUGCGCCAGCGGCUGACCUUCACCUGUCAGAUGAAUCUCAGAGACUUCCCCUUUGAUACACAGAAUUGUACAAUCACAUUUUCAUCCAUGACCUCUGAUGCAGGAGUCAUCCACCUAGGAACAGUCCAGAAUGACACAACUCUCACAAUAAUCUCUGAGACGUUCAUGGUCACACAGGGAGAAUGGGACCUUGUUACAAUGAAAAUUUCUGCUUCUAAUACAACUAAAGGCGGAAGAACUGAAAGCAAACUUAUUUACACGAUCAUAAUGAUGAGGAAGCCGAUGCUUUAUGUGGUGAUUUUAAUCGUGCCCCUGUUCUAUUUAAUGAUCCUGGAUCUGGCCUCCUUCUUCAUCAGCGAGGCCAGAGGAGAAAAGCUGAGCUUCAAAGUGACCGUCCUCCUUUCCAUCUCUGUCUUACUGCUGAUCCUUCAGGACAUGUUGCCUUCCACUGAAGACAACCUGCCAAUGAUGGCCGUCUACUGUGUUGUGACCUUCGCCCUGGUGGGGAUCAGCCUUCUGGAGGCCAUGCUGGUGAGCUUCCUAUUCGACCUCGAUGGUUAUUGUGGUCAGAAGACUCGAAGCUCUGUUAACGUCCAAGAGGAGAUUCAGCUGGAAGCAGACUUUGACAAAGAGACCCCCGGCGCUGCAGAGGAAGGCCAGGUGAAACCAGAGAAAAGCCCCCUCACGCUGGAAGGGCCUGCCGGUCGCGAUGCGCUCAAACUGAUCCUGGAGGAAGUGAAGGCCGCUCGGCAGGAAGCUGAAGGACGAGAAACAGACCAGAGAAAGUCUCGACGCUACAGACGAGUGGCAGAAAUCAUAGACUCUGUGUUCUUUGUCCUCUACUUUCUAACUGUCGCCGGUUUUCUGACGUACAUAUAUGUGGUGUGGAUUAGUCGAUAUGCUGAAAAUAUAGCAAUGAAACCGGACUAAAACUGGACUCAAAUUCAAAUUCCCAUUUUGAGCCUCAACAAACGACAAAGAAACUAAUCUCGCUGUUCCCCUUCUGUUUGUGUGACCCUUACAGAUAUAAAUACAUAUGGCCGUCUUUAGUUCAUGUUGCAUGUUUUUACGCACGUUGUUAAAAUGUGAUAUUUCUUAAAGGGAGUUUGGUGCAGGGAGCUUUUAGUUGAAUUCAAACUGCUAAUAUGUAUAGUUUUGUUGCCCUUACAGAAACACAAGCUAACUGCUAAAGUUUGAUAAUAUUAUCUGACAUUGACUGCUGUUAGUUUGAUUAAUGCUUCAAUAAUGUGUCUAUUGAUUACUGACGCUGGCUGAUCAGGCUAAUUCUCAUCUUAUUGCACUAAAUAGAUGCCCUUUAAAACUACUUAUUAAUGCUGUUAUUAAUGACUCCUGAUGUAGUUUGGAGACCAGUCCGACGGAGGCUGCGUCUCAGUAAAUGAGUAUAGAGUACGAAGAAAAUGCAGCAUAAAAUAAAGCUGAAGUUUCACAGCUUUAAAGCCUUUUCCUGCGAUCCCUGAAAAACAGUUUCAUUAUAUCUGAAAAAAUCUGAAUAUAAAUAAAACUUUUUAUUAAGACCUCUCUGUACCAACAUGUAUCCAGGACCAGGAGAAUCUGCAUAAUACAAAUAUAACCAGUCGUUGAUGUUACGGGUGGAAAAAAUAUCCCGAAAACUUUCUUUUGUCUUUUGAACCUGAGAGCUCUGGUUCAAAAUGAUCGUGUUGUUUAUAGUCGAGUUGGUUCUCUUUCAGGGGGGUCUUGCUCCGGUGUAGGAGGGUAUGGAGGCCCUUCAUAAUCCACCUACACUGCUGACAAUAUAUUAAAUAUCUGUGCCACAAACUGGACUGUGAUUGGCUGAAGCUCUGCUACGUGGUUGUGCAACUCAUGAAGGUGGUUCCUUACAGACUAAGAGAUGUCAUUCAUUGAUCCUGAUGGCUCCAUAUCGAGGCAAAUAUUGGAAAAUAUGAAAGUGUAAUUAAACCGCUUCCUGCUGAAAA